AUGUCAUCUAAUACUAGUAAAAAGAAAAGUAAUAAUUUAACAUUUCAACAGAUGUUGAAUAGAACAUUUCAAAAUGUUCGAAAGUCUGGUGAUUAUUGUGGUGGUGAUCGUUUAACAGAUGGGCAGGAUCCUAAGGUGAUGAUUAAUGGUAUGCAAGAACAUAUUCAACUUCCAUUAGAACCAUCACAAGCAAAAUUAAUUAUUGAACAAUGUUCAUUAGCACCAUUCGGUAGAAAAGAUAAAACAAUUUUAGAUAAAUCAGUUCGUCAUACAUGGCAAUUAAAUCCAUCAUCAUUUAUAAUAACAAAUUCCGAAUGGAAAAUUCAUACAUUAAAUAAUUUAAAAUCGAAAAUUGUUUCUGAUUUAGGUUUAAAUCAAGAUUGGAUUAAAAAUGAUUUAAUUGAUUUACAAUUAUAUAGAUUAUUAUUAUAUGAAAAAGAUAGUUUUUUUAAAAUACAUCGUGAUAGUGAAAAAGUAGAUGGAAUG